CACCUCAACGUCAUAUCAUGGAUCCAUCUUCAUUUCCAACACCUCCCGACUCACUUCAACGUACUGCCACAAGAACUUUAAGAGGCAGUAAAAGUAAUGCGAAUAUUUCUAGAGGUACGGACAGAAAACUACAUCAGCAACAUCAUCGAGUUUCUUCACUCUCCUCUAAUAACACACGUGGCGGGGGAGAUGAUUAUAAUCCGUUUGAAGAUCGAACCGAAGUGGCUGUUUAAGAUGAAGUUUUUUUUUUACCUUUUCUCGUGUUUCGUUUUGUUUCUUUGAAAUUCACUUCUAAUCCUCUUAUCUUCAAUUCUUGUUGGGCUUCUUUUUUCUGAAAAAAAAAACAACAUCUUUUGAUGAUUUUCUUUCUUCGAUUUUCAAUUUGUUUACUUUGACUUGAUAUUUUUGAAUCACAUAACAAGGUAAAAAAAAGAGAUGUAAUACAAUUAAUGUUUUUCUUAGUCUUUUACAUUUUUCAAUUCAAUCUAAUUCUUUUGUUGUUGUUGUGGGUUCAUAUCUUGUCACUUAAAUUGACUAUCAAAUCUAGAACUUUUAGCUCAUAAGGUCCACUGUUCCGGACUUCGAGUUUGUGAUUGGUGCUCAGGUUGUGGAAUUAUGUAAUUGCCCUUUCUUAAUGCUUUGAAAGGUAUCUCAAAAAUUGUCAG